CAGAUCCAGGCCUGCCCCCACAGCUCAGCGUUGCACCAAGCGGCAGGAAUUUUCCUUGGGGGAGGGCAUCGCUGCCCCUUCGACCCCUGUCCUGCACUCCGUGUACCCCUUGCACCCCGCACUCUGCACUCCCAGGUAGGUGGUGAGCUGUGUGCAAGAUGCAGUCCACGGUGGGCUGUGGUGCUGGAGCUCGGCCCCGGCUCGCACCCUGCGCAAGCCCUUCUUGGGGGGUUGCUUCUCCGGGGGCCGGCACGGAGGCUGGGGUGUCCCUUCGGGUGGUCUCCCUGCCAACGUCGAGCAGAAAAACUCUCUCCGGAGGUGCGCUCAUUUUGAGCGCCGAAACCUGCCCUCAAAGCAGACAAGCCCGGGGAGCUGCAGGGAGAAGCAGAAGGGCAAAGCUUGACCAGGAGACUGCGGUUGUCCGAACAAAACUGACGACGAAGGGUGUUCUGUUCGGGCUUUUUUUGCAAACCUCUUUCGAAAUCUCAUUUUGAGAAGCAUUCGUUUUGAAUUCGCACUUACAUUAACAGCGAUCCAUAGAACCUAAAAUACCGACUUUAUCUCGGCCAGCAUAGUGCCAGCUUGAGUGGUGUGUUUCCGAUUCGGUUGAAAGCGUAUUUCCUUUUCGCAGAGUGGGGGUGGGUGGUAGUGCCUGCAAGAACAUUGCAGCUUGAGAAACUGGCGGCCUCACUGAUUAGUCACAUACCACUACUCAUUUAAGUAUUGUUUGGCAAAACAAUUUUCUCAUUUGGAGCAAGUGAGAGUCAGACCCGUUGGAGCGCUCAAGAUCAAAAAGUUACUGACAAUGCUGGGAGUGCUGCUUUUGACACAAAAACUGGGUUACGUGUGGCAGUGAAGAAGCUCUCCAGACCAUUUCAGUCCAUUAUUCAUGCCAAAAGGACCUACAGAGAACUGCGGUUACUUAAACAUAUGAAACAUGAAAAUGUGAUUGGUCUGUUGGAUGUUUUUACACCUGCAAGGUCUCUGGAGGAAUUCAACGAUGUGUAUCUGGUGACCCAUCUCAUGGGAGCAGAUCUGAACAACAUUGUGAAAUGUCAGAAGCUUACAGAUGACCAUGUUCAGUUCCUCAUCUACCAGAUUCUCCGAGGUCUCAAGUAUAUACAUUCAGCUGACAUAAUUCACAGGGACCUAAAACCUAGUAAUCUAGCUGUGAAUGAAGACUGUGAGCUGAAGAUCUUGGAUUUUGGACUGGCCCGACAUACAGAUGAUGAAAUGACAGGCUAUGUGGCCACCAGGUGGUACAGGGCUCCUGAGAUCAUGCUGAACUGGAUGCAUUACAACCAGACAGUUGAUAUUUGGUCAGUGGGAUGCAUAAUGGCCGAGCUGUUGACUGGAAGAACGUUGUUUCCUGGUACAGACCUUAAUGGUAUAUACCUCACAAGCUACUUGAAGCGCCUUCUGGCCUUAACUGCCUGGACAAAUUGUAAUGGCCUUACAGUAGCUGGUACUAUUGGAAGACUGACCUGUAUUGCGAUGGAUUUGCCAGUUCUUGGAAAACCUAUGGUGAUUUCUUCUGAGGCAAGAAAUUACAUUCAGUCUUUGACCCAGAUGCCGAAAAUGAACUUUGCAAAUGUAUUUAUUGGUGCCAAUCCCUUGGCUGUCGACUUGCUGGAGAAGAUGCUUGUAUUGGACUCAGACAAGAGAAUUACGGCAGCCCAAGCCCUCGCACACGCCUACUUUGCUCAGUACCACGACCCUGAGGAUGAACCAGUGGCUGAUCCUUACGAUCAGUCCUUUGAAAGCAGGGACCUCCUUAUAGAUGAAUGGAAAAGCCUGACCUACGAUGAAGUCAUCAGCUUUGUGCCACCACCCCUUGACCAAGAAGAGAUGGAAUCCUGAGCAUCUGGUUUCUGUUUUGUUGAUCCCACUUCACUGUGAGGGGAAGGCCUUUUCAUGGGAACUCUCCAAAUAUCAUUCAAGUGCCUCUUGUUGCAAAGAUUUCCUCCAUGGUGGAAGGGGUGUGUGUGUGCGCGCGCGUGUGCGUAUGUGUGUAUGUGUGUGCUCCUGUGCGUGUGCAUGUGUGUGUCUGUCUUUGUGCGAGGGCAAGAGAAUAGGAGCAAACUAGGAUCACAGCGACCACGUGAAGUCACAGGAGCUCCCGGCAGCCUCUGCUUGCUCACUGUGAGUCCGCUCGGGCACGAAGAGCUGCCAUCUCGUUAGGGCUUGUUACACGCAAAGGAAAAAAUAGUCAACGGCCCAGAUCCCAGUCAUGCUUUGCCAUUUUGGCAACUCCCAGGGCCCUGCCUUGGGGCGGGGUGGGGGGGGGGCUCGCCUGCAUCCCAUAGUGGCACAGAGGGAGGGCUCGCACUUUCUGGUUGCUUCAGAAGCCGUCCCUCAGCGACGGCGCGCAGCCAAAAAGGACCAACUGGCUUCUGUGCACUAGUCCGUGGUUGAUUUGCUUAGGCUGAUUCUCAGAACUCAGCAGGUAUGUCCGAAACUGUAAAUAUGCUUGUGCCUUAAGGGGAGAGAAGAAAGUGUAGCUAGUUCAGACAGCACGGCAGACGGAGUGCUGCGUCAGGCAAGCAGUCAGGUUGUCAGACGGCCCCUGCGAACCGGAAGUAACCAGCGAGCCCUCGGAGGCCUCGUGUGUGCAUGUGUGCGCGUGCAUGUGUGUGCUUCUCUCUCGCCCUCCCGCCCCAGGGGUUGCCCUCUCCCCCCUCCCCCCGCCACGUGCAGCGCCGAGGUCUCUUGCGUAUUAGCCCCAGCAGGCAGAAGCCGGUUCUUGCUGUCAGUGUACUUCCCGUGUGCUCUUUACUCCCAGCAGAGUGACGAUGUGUUUUGCACGUCUUGCUAUUUGAGCAUGCACAGCUGCUUGUCUGUUCCUUCGGGAGGCCCUGGUGCCAGGCAGGUUUGCCAGUGAAGACUUCUUGGGUAGUUCAGAGCCCACAUCACCUCGGCUGAUGCCGCGGGCAGGUGACAUCACCCUCUCUCCGGCCCCAGUGCUCUUUUGUAUUGAACACAAUUGAUACUCCAGGUGCUUUUGAUGUGAAAACUAUGAAGAAAUGGAACAGAUGGGUGUAUGGCAUUUUCAUUCUUGCCAUCUGGUUUUCCACAAGCUAUUUUUGGGGAGUCGACACGGGAAAGACCAGGGCUUUUUCCCGGGAAUAUCUCCGACUUUGAAAAACAAUUGUUCUCUUCACUCCCAAUAGCCAGUGCUAAGAAAUGCUGAAAAUCAAAGUGAACAAUAAAAGCUCAUGAGGCCAGAAACUCCUUUUGCUAUCUUUGCCUAAACAUGGUUAUUUAAAAAAGUAAUGAGGUGUCUUUUCCACCCUUCUUUGGAAGAGGGUCUUCUUGGCAGCUUAACAUUGACUUUUUGGUCUUGGUUUGGGGAGAAAUAAAUUUUGUUUCAGAAUUUUGUAUAUUGCAUAUUGCAGGAAUCCUUUGAGAAUGUGAUUCCUUUUGGUGGGGAGAAAGGGCAAAUUAUUCUAAUAUUUUGUAUUUUCAACUUUAUAAAGAUGAAAUAUCCUCAGGGGUGGAGAAGAGUUGUUUUCAUAAUUUUCUGAAUUGCAAGUGUCUCGUGCUACUUAAGGGCCCAUGUAUUUAAACCUCUUGUGAAAUAAAGUACAAAGCCACUUCCACUGUUGGCUGUGUGACAGAAUCUUGUAUUUGGGACAAGGUGUAUCCAUUUCUCUGUCACAGCGCAGUGGUACAUGUGCUCCGGAGGGACAGGGUAGGACCCCUGAAUCCGCUGGAGCAAGAAGGAAGGAGGCAGGCUGACGGUGACUGCACCUCACCUGGGACUCUUCCCGUCUUUAAAGGAAAAUGAAUGCAAAGGCCUCAUCUCCUUUACAUGCAGUUCAAAUCCUCGCAAUCCACAGCAAGAUGAAUUUUAUCAGCCAUGUCUGGUUGUAAAUGCUAGUGUGAUUUCCUACAGAAAUACUGCUCUGAAUAUUUUCUCAUAAAGGUCUUUGCACAUGUGAUUGUAUAUGCAUUAGGAGGCUGAAUGUUCCAGGAGCCUGGACUCAGCCGGAGCUGGUGGAAGAGCUCCUCGGUUUCUGAGCACCAUGCUCCCAUCUCCUGAUUUCUCUGAACAGAAGGCAAAGAGAGAAUGAGGGAAACUGCUAUUUUAUUUGUAUUCAUGAACUUGGCUGUAAUCAGUUAUGCCAUGUAGGAUGUCAUACAAUACCACUGGUUCAAAUAAAGCCUAUUUUUCAAAUUUA